AUGUCGAGGGCUUCAAUUUAUUUUGGAAUUUUUUUCUUUAUUUAUAUGUUUGUCGCCAUUGAUUUCGUAAGUGCUGGUGAUGGCCCUGGAGUUUUUAUUCCAUAUUGUGAGAGAAACGAGAAAGCAGAAUGCGGUGGAUUUGAAUGUCCUGAAGAAGAUUAUACAAAAAUUGUCGACAACUUCUCUCCGUGUCAACCUGGUGAUAAUCAUUGCGUUCCUUUAUGCUGUUGUGCAUUAAAACCAUAA